AUGACCAUCGAUCAAGCUCUAAUCAAAAGGAAACUCCUCAAUAUUGCCACCACUGGCAGAUUUGCCACUUUUACCCCAGAGGAAAUAAACCAUCACACCAAACAGCUCAAAUCAUACCUUCAAAACCAUCAAGAUAAGCUUGACUCCGUUGAAUUGUUUCAACUCUUUGAGUUAGAUUUCUACUUGUCGUUAAUCACAGGACAUGAUAUUGAAGCCAAAACAGUGCUUGAAAGAUUGAAUGAUCAAUUCGGUAACAAAGUUUCGUCUCAACGUAUAAAACUACUCAAAUCAAUCUAUUUUGAAGCAAUGGGGGAUUUACAAAGUGCAGGAAAAGUAUUGAGUGAGGACCCAGAUGAAUUGUUAUUAUCGAGAAGACUCACGACAAUGUCUAGGAACGAUGGAGUGAAAUAUGUUAGCAAUCUCAUCUACUACUUGAAUUUGGCACCUGGUGAUGUUGUUGCUUGGUGUGAGUUGGCUGAUGAAUAUGCCAAAAUGAAGGAGUACAUGAAGGCCAUUUAUUGCCUUAAAAGAGUACUUACAAAUCAACCAGAUGCGUAUGUUUUGUACAACAAUAUUGGGUCAUACUAUUAUCAAUUAUCACUUGAAUCCACUAAAGAUAAAAAUGAGCUAUUACAAUCAAGUGUAAAGGAGUAUUUGAGACUGCUUGAGAUUUACGAAGACAAUCGUUCCACGUGGGAAGGCUUGUUCAAUGCAGUACAAGACAUGGAAAAUAGUCCCCGAAAAGAGAAGUUGGUGAAAAUUUGUGAGAGGCAAUUGAGCAAGGCCUAG